UGCGCCACAUCGGGACAGACCCACCCAGAGCCAGGCCUCAUAACGGAGCAGAGAGAGGACGCAGCAGAACAACGCAGCAACAACGAAGAUCCCACACAAACCACCAACUCACGGGCCAUGAUGGGGAGAUUGUCCGAGGUUGCUGUUGUGUCCCUUCUUGUUGUCUUUCUCCUGAGCACUGAAUCUACAUGGGCUAAAAGAGGUAGCAGCAGCAGCGGAAAGAAGACCUCAUCAUCAAGCAACAGGGGUGGGACACAAACAAAGCCAUCUAGCUCUUCACCAGGAAGCUAUCCGAGGCAGCCCCAGAGUCCCAAUCGAAACCCCAAUCCAUAUCCCGCCGGGGGAAGUUACCCUCAUCCUGGAGCAGGCAACACAAAUCCCGGAGGUGUUCCCAGACAAAACCCAGGAAGUUAUCCAGGAGCUGGUAGUUAUCCUAACCAGUAUCCUGGUAGAGCCAAUCCUGGAGGUUAUCCAAACCAGAACCCUGCAGGUGGCUACCCAGCUGCAGGUGGCUACCCAGCUGCAGGUGGCUACCCAGCUGGAGGAGGCUACCCAGCUGGAGGUGGUUAUCCUAACCAGAAUCCUGCAAGAAAUUAUCCAAAUCAGUAUCCGGGUGCAGGAGGUUACCCAGCAGCAGGUGGUUAUCCUAACCAGAAUCCUGCAAGAAAUUAUCCAAAUCAGUAUCCAGGUGCUGGAGGCUACCCAGGUGCCGGGGGCUACCCAGCAGCAGGUGGCUACCCAGUCAGAGGGGGUAAUACAGGACAAGGUUGGGGUGUGCCUGGCGGAAAUCCCGGGGGUUACCCCGGUGGUUACCCUGGUGGUUACCCUGGUGGUUACCCUAACUGGAACCCCAAUAAUAAGAUCCUCAGUCCCCGCUUUGGUGGGGGAGGCUAUGGGCAUGGUGGUUAUGGGAUGGGAGGUUCUCCAUUCUCCCAAUCUGUACAGAAUAUGGGAUACAAGCCCCAGUCAACAGGUUUUGCCAAAAAAGCCAUGGUGGCAGCUGGUGUCGGUGCUGUGGCUGGGAUGGCUGUUGGAUAUGGACUUGGGCGCUUCCCUAGACCGCAUUUCAAUUUCCGAAACCCUGAAGAGGAGCAACACUACAACAACUACAUGUACCGCCGUUAUGGCUCCCGCUCCACCGAUGAAAAAGACUUUGGCCGUGAUUAUGUCUACAACCCUCCACCACGAGCACAGACUUAUGAGAACUUCAUGAGUACCUGCAUGAAUAGGACUGACCUUCUGAAAGAUCAGGGCAGCAGCUCUUCCACCACUAAGAUUGGAAGCAAUGAGCAUAAUGACACCGUCAGCAUUGAAGAGAUUGGAUACCCUGCACUGAUUAAGCAAAUGAAGUCCCGACGCUGUGUGGAGCUGUACAUGGUUUAUUCUGAGCAGUUUCUGGAGGAACGAAAGGCCGAGCAACAGUCGCAGCCCAGUCGCAGCGACCCUCUGAUCUACGGCGUGAUUCAGCUUUGCACCUCCCUCUUCGUGCUACUGUCCAGCAUGCUCCUCCUCCAGUGAGAAACAUUUAGAAUUCCUUUCUCUAUAUACCCCGAAUGGGUUUCUACUUUGCCUAGUAUACUUGCACGUCUACUGUCUACUAAUGUCACUUUGUCCCCUCAUCACAAACUUAGUUGUAUACUGAGUCAUAUUUAGUCAACCAUUUUGUAUAGCUGACUAACAAAAGGUAACAAAAUGUCUAUGUGUAUAUCAUGACAAAAGGAGAGGCAGCAGUCAGUUUGAAAUCUUUGUUAGAUUUUAUGUCGCACGAACUGCACUUAAUUUUUUUCUGCCUGUUUUUUGUCAGUAAUUGAUUUUAAAAGCUUAGAAAACAGAUUCAGGGUAUUUAAGUUAAGGCACUGACGAUAAAUGUAUCUGCUACUGUGUAAAAUAGGAAUGUUACUAAGAGUUUUAUACAUGUACAGAUUAUCUAAUCGUUCCCCUCAUGAGUACUGGAUGAUUAAUUAGAUGGACUGAAGUGGCUAGAUAUGCUUAAGCAAAAGAAAAUUUUCAUUCAAUAUAAAACAAAUUGAAGUCAGGGUCCGAGUGUAUACAUCAGUAUGUUACGACUACGAGUAUUAGGACUAAUAAAGGGGAAAACUUCUGAAAAUUAAAGGAGAACACAAUCAUAAUAUUUCGAGAAUAAAAUCAUAAUUUUAGGGGACAUGUUAUUUUAGAGGGGGAAUAUCAGAAGAUCAGCCUGUUGCCUGUGUCUAAAUGAACAACAUGGCGCAAAUUGUUGAGUUGUACUUGAGUAUAGUAUCUUCAGGAGUUGUACACGUGUACGUAGGCAACUGGACUUGCUUGUUUCUUCUCUUCAAGGUUUAUUUGGUUUAUUACCCCUCUGUUAUGAGUCUAGUAAAAUUAGGGCCAAGAGUUAAAUUGACAUGUAGCCUGAACACUCAUUUUACAAUUUACACAUUUUUGGCCUUGUGAUAUUAUGACUUUAUUCUUGAAAUCUCAAAUAUUUUUUUCCCUUCAAGUCGCCCUAAUACUCUGACGUAUGCAGUUUUCAUUUUGAGAUGAAUUGGUUUUAAAAUUGGCCUUUCAAACAAAGUAAGCGACAACUCCCCAAGCCACUAAAAGCUGUCAAGACUGGCCCAUGUUCAGAUUUUGUUAAAUGCACUUUCUUUCUCUCAUUUCUUGGAAAUGGUUAUUAAGUCAAAUGUCCCACAUGGCCCGCAAAUUCAAAAACAUCAUUGAAUUACACUGGAGGAUGCUGGAGGCCAAUUUUUUAUUUUUUUUGCACAGCUGGGGAUUUUCCCAUUGACAUUUUUGCCAAUGAAUAGUUUAACACUUGUGUUGAAAGAAAUCAAAAUAAAAAGACAGCCUCACGCAAAGAGCAGGUCUGCCUCGUCUCAGGAUUAUGGUACUCACUCAUUGUUUGUUUGUUCAGCGGCCUGAAAAAAAAAAAAAGAGAUUGCAUUUAAUAGCUCUGGAGACAGGAGGCAUGAUGCCAUUAGUGCAGCUGCUGCCCACGGUUGAGAAGGAAAUAGAGCAUUUGUUGAUGCUUUUACUCUGGGCAGUGAUUCGAUUGUGGUUUAGAACAGAGAAGGUUCCACAACAAUUCACCAACUCUGCUGUAUCUCUGUACCUUAACCUUAACGUAUCGCACGGCUCCUUCACAGUUGGGGCAAGAUUAACUGGGCAACUAGAGGCACUGACUUUAAAUCGGCUGGAAACAGGGUGUAGCUUUCCAUUCCAUCGUACAUGMACAUGGCUGUCUUGGUUCGCUCCCGUAUCUUGUGCCAACCUCGGUUUCAUGUUCAUGUUACCAGCCAUACCCUCGGUUUCCAGAGACACUGAAACUUUAUAGGCUUCCCAGGCCUGUGCUGUUCAGUACUUAUCUGUGUCUUCCUCUCAUCACCUUCCUAUAUUGCCCAUGAGAUAAGUUAGUUGCUGGUGGGUCUGUAAUUUGUUUGCAAAUCCCGACUCCCCUUCUUUUCAUGACGUGUCUCUCCAGUGUAUGAAUAUGUGCUCUUCUUUUUGUUAGUUGUGUUUAGUGAUUGUUUUUGUGAUACUUUUAUUAUUACAACCUGUUCAUUUUAGUCUGCUGUUUGGACAGAGUGUAUUCAAUAUACUUACACAAUAUUCAGUGUGUAAUAAUAUAUAUACACCAGUAUAUAGAGGUAAAAUAAAAGAGUACAGUCAAAAUAGUCACAAAGCAGACUGUACAUCUGGAAGUGAUCAUAUAUGGACCUUUUAUUGAUUGUUUGCUGAUUGCUCCUUCUCUUAGUUAAUUGUUUUCAUAUUCUCCAUCUAUAGUUUCCCGUUUUAAUAUUAUUGAUUCUGGCAAAAUGAAUUGGAUUGAUUUGAAAAUAAUAAUUUGACCACUUCAUUAUGUUUGUGCUGUAGAAUAUCUGUAAAGUGCACUUAUUUCCCUGUAGGACUGGGUCUUUUGUAACUGCUGGAGAUCUGUGUGGAUUGUCUGGUUCAUUUAACCUAAUUUUAAAACUGUAAUGAUUUUAAAUUGUCAUGGCUCUCUGUAUGUUAAAUAAAAA